UCACGUGUCUAUGUGCGCCACUGUGUGUCCCUAUGUGUCCCCCUGUGUCCCCUUCCCGUGCCACAAGCGUGUCCUCACGUGUCACACGCGUGUGCGCAGGCCCGUGACACGCGCACCAAUGAGGUGGUGGCCGUCAAGAAGAUGUUCUAUGGAGGGAAGCACAGCAAUGAGAAGUGGCGUGACAUCGUGAGGGAGGUGCGGCUGCUGCAGCGUCUGAGCCACCCCCACACCGUGAGGGGGAAGGGGGCCUUCCUCAGGGGGCACUGCGUGUGGAUCGCCAUGGAGUACUGCGUGGGUUCGGCUGCCGAUCUGCUGCAGCCUCAUCAGCCGCCGCUGACGGAGGUGGAGAUCGCAGCCAUCGUCCAUGGGGCGCUGCACGGCCUGGCCUACCUGCACCGCGUCCACGUCAUACACAGAGACGUGAAGGCCGCCAACGUUCUGCUGUCCCCGCGGGGCCGCAUCAAACUCAGCGACUUCGGCUCAGCCGCACACAGCGCCUCGGCCUGCAGCUUCGUGGGCACCCCGUACUGGAUGGCCCCGGAGGUGAUCCUGGCCAUGGAUGAAGGCCAUUACGAUGGGAGGGCGGACGUGUGGGCGUUGGGGAUCACCUGCAUUGAGCUCGCGGAGCGGAAGCCGCCGCUGUUUGCGCUGAACGCGAUGGCCGCACUGUACCACAUCGCACAGAGCUGCGCCCCACAGCUGCAGGGAGAGCGCUGGUCAGAGCCGUUCCGCAGCUUCGUGCAGUGCUGCCUGCAGAGGGCGCCGCAGCUGCGGCCCCACUCACAGCUCCUCCUGCAGCACGACUUCGUGGUGGGGGAGCGGCCGCAGGGGACGAUGGCGGCUCUGAUCCGCAGAGCUUUGGGGGCGGACGACGACGACGACGACGACGUGGGGGGCGCUGCCCCACAAGUGGAGGAGCAGCAGGAGGACCCGGAUCUGCCCCACGAACCCACGACAACACAUGAAGAGAUCGUGGAUCACGUGACACCUGUGGGUCACGUGACACACGUGGGACCCCCGGCAGAUGGAACACGUGAAGAACACGCGUGUCCGGAACACGCAACAACACACGUGGAGGACACGGAGGACACGGAACACGUGAAAACACGCGUGGGGAGCACGGAACAUGCAGGAACACGCGUGACGCACGGAGAUCCCGUGACCCACACCCCACACGUGAGCGAUGUGGGGCACACGGAACACGGAACCGGCGUGGAACACGUAACGGCACGCGCAGAACAUACGGGAACACGCGUGACACACGCAGAUGACGCGACAGGCGUGGAACGCGUGACACAGAUGGGGCACACAGAGCACACGGAACACGGAACACGUGAAGAACACGCGGAGGCACACGCAGAACAUACAGGAACACGCGUGACGGGCACGGAACACGUCGCACACGCCCCACGCGUGACAUACGUGGGGCACACGGAACACGGAACACAUGCAGAACAUGCAGGGACACGCGUGACGCGCGCAGAUCAUGUGACAGACACAGAUCACAUGACCCACACCCCACACGUGACCCAUGUGGGGCACACGGAACACAGAACACGCUUAGAACACGCAACAGAACAUACAGGAACACGCAUGACGCAUUCAGAUCACAUGACCCACACCCCACACGUGACCCACACCCCACACACAACCCAUGUGGGGCACACGGAACAUGUAACAUGCCUAGAACACGCAACAGAACAUAGAGGAACACGCGUGACCCCCACCCCACACGUAACCCAUAUGGGGCACACGGAAGACGUAACACGCCUACAACACGCAACAGAACAUCUAGGAACACGCGUGACACCCUCAGAUCACGUGACACACGCAGAUCACGUGACCCGCGCCCCACACGUGACCCACACGUGCGCUCCCCCCACGGCCGACCACGCCAGCACACGCGUGUCGCCGGCAGGUCACGUGACCCCGGCGGCAGCACACGCCAGCACACGCGUGUGGGUCUGUGUUGCGUGCGCAGCGCUGCUCCUCCCGCUGGCCCCACGGAUCGGCCUCGGCCUCCUCGCGCUGUGGGGCGCAGCCCAUCUAUGGGGCGGAGACGAUGUAUGGGGCAGGGCCGCGCUGUGGGGCAGGGAGGCGCUAUGGGGCAGGGCCACGCUGUGGGGCAGGGAGGCGCUAUGGGGCAGAGCCAACCUAUGGGGCAGGGGGACGCUAUGGGGCAGAGCCGAUCUAUGGGGCAGGGAGGCGCUGUGGGUCGCCGUGGGGCUGCUGUGGGGCAGCGCGGGGCUCCUGUGGGGCGCAGCGGGGCCGCUGUGGGUCGCCGUGGGGCUGCUGUGGGGCGCCGGCGGGGUCCUGUGGGGCGCCGUGGGGCCGCUAUGGGGCGCCGUCGAGUUGCUAUGGGGCGCCGUGGGGGUCCUCUGGGCCGCCAUGGGGCCGCUAUGGGGCGCGGCGGGGGUUCUGUGGGGCGCCGUGGGGCCGCUGUGGGGCACAAUGGGGCUGCUAUGGGGCGCCGCCACGCUGCUGUGGGGCAGUUCGGCACCGCUGUGGGGCACAGCGGGGCUGCUAUGGGGCGCCGUCGCGUUGCUAUGGGGCAGCGCGGGGCCUCUAUGGGGCAGAGGCGGGCCGCUAUGGGGCAGAAGCGGGCCGCUGUGGGGCGCCGUGGGGCUGCUGUGGGGCGCCGUGGCGCUGCUGUGGGGCGCGGCGGGGCCGCUGUGGGGCGCGGUGGAGGCGCUGUGGGGCGCCGUGGGGCCGCUAUGGGGCGCCGUGGGGGCUCUGGGGGCCCUGGCCGCCCUCCGGCCCCACACAUCCCCCCCUCUGCCCCACGGCGCCGCCGUGCUGCUGCCCGCCGCCAUGUUGUUGGCCGCGCCGUACCUCUUCCUGCCCCUCUACCUCCUGGCGGCCGCCAUUUUGGGCCGGAGAAGGCCGGAAGUGUGGGGCGGGGGAGCGGAAGUGUGGGGCGGGGGGCGGGAAGGGAGGGCCGGAGGAGGGCCGGAAGCGAGGCGCAAGACGCCGGAAGCGUGGUCCGGCGGCGGGCCGGAAGUGCGGCGCAGCGGGGAGGCGGAAGCGCGAGGCAAAGCGCCGGAAGCGUGGCGCGGCGGCGGCGGCGGCGGGCCGGAAGUGCGGGCCGUCGGGCCGGAAGCGUGGGCCAAGAAACCGGAAGCGUGGGCCAAGAAGAAGCCGGAAGUGUGGGGCGGAGCGCAGCGGUUAUGGCUGCGUUUCCUCCUCCGCCUCCCGCCCCACAUCUUCGCCGCCGUCUCCGCGUUGGGUUUCGCCUCCGAGCGCCGCCUCUUCCGCCUUUUCCCCCGGGCCAAACCCGGGCCGGGCCGUUCCGCUCCGCUCCUCCCCGCCCCACAUCUCCGCUCCCGUCUCCCCGUCCCCGCCGCCCCCCCCGGUUCCCCCCGCCCCCCUCCGUCGCUCCCGGCCCGGCUCCGAGCGCUGCUGUGGGGCGGGUCGGCCUCGCUAUGGGGCAGGCUGACCCCGCUAUGGGGCAGGUUGGCCCCGCUAUGGGGCCGGUCGGCCUCCCCGCUAUGGGGCACGGCGCUAUGGGGCAGGUCGGCUUCUCUACGGGGCAGGCUGGCCCCGCUGUGGGGCAGGUUGGCCUCGCUAUGGGGCAGAGCCCUCCGCUUCUGGGGCGGAACCCCCCCGCUAUGGGGCAGAACCCCCCCGCUGUGGGGCAGAGGGCCGAAGAGGCCGCUAUGGGGCCCGGCCCCCUCCUCCCCCCCUUCCCGCAUCCCCCGCCUCGCCCCACGGCGCCCCACCGCCCCCCGGCCCGUGGCGGUCGCCCCCAAAGUUGGGGGGAGCGGAGGGGGGGCGCCGCCGCGCUGCCCCACGAGGAGACCGUGGAGGUGAGGAUGGGGGGGAGACCCACACUUGGGGGGCGGAGGGCCCCACUUAGGGGGCAGGAAUGCUCCGAUUUGGGGCUGAGACCGCCGCUAUGGGGCACAGACCCCCACUUGGGGGGCGGAGGGCCCCACUUAGGGGGCAGAAAUGCUCCGAUUUGGGGCUGAGAUCGCCGCUAUGGGGCAGGGACCCACGCUUGGGGGGCGGAGGGCCCCACUUAGGGGGCAGGAAUGCUCCGAUUUGGGGCUGAGAUCGCCGCUAUGGGGCACAGACCCCCACUUGGGGGGCGGAGGGCCCCACUUAGGGGGCAGGAAUGCUCCGAUUUGGGGCUGAGACCGCCGCUAUCGGGCACAGACCCCCACUUGGGAGGCGGAGGGCCCCACUUGGGGGGCAGAAAUGCCCGGAUUUGGGGCUGAGCUCGCCGUUAUGGGGCAGGGCCCCACUUAGGGGUCAGAAAUGCCCUUUUGGGGGUCAGAAAUGCUCUGAUUUGAGGCUGAGAUCGCCACUAUAGGGCACAGACCCCCACUUGGGGGGCGGAGGGCCCCACUUAGGGGGCAGAAAUGCUCCGAUUUGGGGCUGAGCUCGCCGCUAUGGGGCAGGGACCCACACUUGGGGGGCGGAGGGCCCCACUUAGGGGGCAGAAAUGCCCUUUUUGGGGUCAGAAAGGCCUGCUUUGGGGCUGAGCUCGCCGCUAUGGGGCACAGACCCACACUUGGGGGGCACAGAGCCCCGAUUUGGGGUCAGAAAUGCCCCGAUUUGGGGCUGCGCUCUGCGCUAUGGGGCAGAGGCCCCCACUUUAGGAUCAUGGACCCCCACUUGGGGGGCGGAGGGCCCCACUUAGGGGUCAGAAAUGCCCCAAUUCGGGGCUGAGCUCUGCACUAUGGGGCACAGACCCACACUUGGGGGGCACAGAGCCCCACUUUGGGGCUGAGCUUGCUGCUAUGGGGCACAGACCCCCACUUUAGGGUCAGGGACCCCCACUUGGGGGGCACAGACCCACACUUGGGGGGCAGGGAGCCCCGAUUUGGGGUCAGAAAGCCCAACUUUGGGGCUGAGCUCAGCGCUAUGGGGCACAGACCCACACAUGGGGGGCUCAGAGCCCCACUUCGGGGCUGAGCUCUGCGCUAUGGAGCACAGACCCACACUUGGGGGGCACAGAGCCCCACUUUGGGGCUGAGCUUGCUGCUAUGGGGCACAGACCCCCACUUUAGGGUCAGGGACCCACACUUGGGGGGCAGGGAGCCCCGAUUUGGGGUCAGAAAUGCCCCAAUUCAGGGCUGAGCUCAGCGCUAUGGGGCACAGACCCACACUUGGGGGGCACAGAGCCCCACUUUGGGGCUGAGCUCAGCGCUAUGGGGCACAGACCCACACUUGGGGGGCACAGAGCCCCACUUUGGGGCUAAGCUUGCUGCUAUGGGGCACAGACCCCCACUUGGGGGGGCUCAGACCCCCACUUGUGGGGCAGAGCCCCACAUUGUUGUCGGGGUGGCGGAUUUGGGGCCAUUUCUGCACUUUGGGGUAUUUUGUGGGGUUUUUUUGGGUGUUUUUUCCCCAAUUUUGUGUGAAUUUGGGGGGG